GUCAGCGCCUCCCUGCUCGUCAUCACGAGCUACCUCUUCAAGCGUUCGGCGGACUCCGGGGUGCGGCCCCCGUGGGCACGGGCGCUGGCGGCCGCGGUGGCGCCGUACUUGGGGCACAACUCGGCGUACGUGCGGGGCAUGGCCGCCUGGGGCUUCUACCAGGCCAUUGGCGAGGACGGGGAGGGCACCGGCAGCGAGGACAGCGAGCUGUUGCGGGAGCUGCACCGUUUCCUCGCGGAGAGCAAGGAGUGCCAGAAGAUGCGCAACCGCUGCAAGCCGCUCUUCGAGGGCUUCGAGCCCGAGGGCAAGACCGCGCUGUCGUGCCUGCUGCAGCGCUCCACCGUGCUGCCCGGGCACCCGGAGGGCGGCGACAAGAGCGAGGGCGAGAUCGACCUGCACAUCUUCGCCGACUCGGACUUCCAGCCCACUGCGACCUUCAUGGCCCUGCUGAAGGACGAG